AUGGUUGAACAGCAAAACAAAGUGCCAAACGCUGUGACAAACGGCGAUAACGAGACCAUAGAAAGCAAAUGUCUGGAGAUGUGCCGCAAAUACGUGGCCGGCAUUUGGUCUCAGGUGACAGCGGCAGACAUCCGGUGCACACGAUUCACCGGCGGUCUCGUAAACAGCACCUACUUGUGCCAAAUCAUCGCAACAAUUUCUCCCAACACCUGUGCCCACCAAACUGAUGAACCCCGAGAACUGGUGGUGCGGUUUAAUGGCCCAAAGUUUGGCAUCAAAUUAUUUGACCCAAAGUGUCCCCGAUUUACGGACGCCAUUAUAGCACCGUUGGUCUCAGCGCUUGGUUUAGGGCCGCGACUGUACGGACUCGACCCUACGGGCCAAGUACUCCAUUAUUACAGGCACAGGGAGUUUAGCCGCGCAGACCUCUACAAUAGCAAACUGGUCGAGCAGUUGUGCCGAAAGUUGGCCAUAGUUCACGCCGUGAGGGCACCGAUACCUCGCCAGAGGGACUGGAUUUUGGUAUUUUUUGACCAGUGUUUGGCCAAAAUGAACACCACGUUCGUUGAGGACCGCAACGCGCGUUACCGUAAACACAAUUGUCAGACACUAUUGGCGUUUGACUUGCGCUCAGAGAUUCAAUGGAUGGCCCGGUAUAUCGGGAAACACUUCGCGGCCGCACCUCUAGUCUUGUCUCACAAUGACUUCUGUGGCGGCAAUAUUAUGGUCACCGAUGGGUCGGUUGACGACAACACCACUGCCGGACAUACAGUAGUGAUCAGUGAUUACGACUACACGGCUUACGGCAAUCGGGGCUUUGAUUUUGGCUACUUUUUGGCCAGUAUUUACAAACCCAACGGCUUUUCCCCGACCGCUGACCCGUUUCCCGAUGAACGGGUAAUACAGGCUAUGAUUAGAUAUUAUAGGAAAGAGUGUUGCCAACUGUAUGGUGAAAGCUGGUCGCACUACUCGUACAAUUCAGCGGCUAGUAUGCUGAGCAUGAUCAGGGUUAAAAUGGCCGGGUAUAAUGCCGAUCGGUUUCCGGAGUUGUCGGCCGAUGAUCGGGAAGAAUAUAUGUGUAGUAUAUGUCAGGAGAUAUUCAACACUCCGGUCACCACAACCUGUUGUUUGCAAAUGUUUUGCGAGGACUGUAUUGCACAAUGGCUUACGACUAACAAUACCUGUCCUUAUGAUAGAAAACCACUUAAUACGAGUGGUCUAUCUAAGGCACCAAGACUAGUAAUGAACACUUUGGGUCGUUUUAAAAUACGGUGCGACUACUGGGGCCACGGGUGCCAAGAAGUGGUCAAACUCGAUGACUUAUCGAGGCAUACAGUCAACUGUCGAUUUAAAGAUCCCAAGUGUCCAGAAUGUCAAUGCGAUAGGAAAUUAGGGCACGACUGUAUUGUCGCACUACUCGCCGAAAAUAGCAUGAUCAAAAGGACAAAAGUUGAUGAUAUGUUAAUUCAUAAGGCGUUCAAAACAGAAGCAAAUUUAGAGAUCAAUACGUUAAAAGAGGAAUUAAAGCAAGCAAAUGAUGCGUUGAAAAUUGAACAGGAUAAAAAUAGUUCUGCUGACAGGGCUCGUAUAUACGACCGUCAGGCAAAUAAUGCGUUGAAAAAUGAACAGGAUAAAAACAGCGUCGCUGAAAGAGCACAUAUUCGAGACCAUGAGUUACAUAACAAAGCAAAGCAUAACCAGUCGGCACCCGAGCUAUUAACUAAAACUAUGGACGCAGAGAUGACCGCCAAAACUUUGUCCAUAAUUAGCCUACAUUUGAAGAAGCGUCAAAAGCGUCAAAACCUUGUUACGGUAUGCAAACAUAUUGUAAAUGAUAUGGACAAUGAGUUUGGCACGAGUUGGCACUGUUUGGCAGAUCGUGGUAAAGCCGGAAUCUCCUAUUAUACGCCCGAUCGGUCCAAUUUUAUGAAAGUCAAAAUCGCGCCAAUCACGUUGAUAUUAUUUCGUUCGGUUACGGUCCAAAUAGAGAACUGUUCUCUGAAAUACUAA